UUGAGGCUAAUGUGGCGCGCAGGGUUUACGUUAUGGCUGCAGCAUCAGCGCUGCCACUGCGCGCCUCGGCGUUCAAUCCCUCCUCGCCAUCCACAGGGCUAUGCUCCUCUUCUUUCCAGCUCAAUGCGGCGCUGGGACAUCCAUCUUCUUCUCCAUCUCCUAGGGUUUCCCAGCAGCAAGAAAUCCCGGCGCCAAGGCCCGACAGGGCGCGGUUCGAGAAUCCCAAGUCCCCAUGGCGACGUCCCGACAGGGUCUCCAGCAUUCCUAUGGAUUUGCAGCCGAUCCUGGAAGCUCUCGAUGCCGUGAGGCCGGGAGAUGAUCUGGACGAUGCUCUGGCCGGGCGAGUCGAGAAUCUAGGGCCGGACAAGGCUGGCAGAGUGAUGCAGUGCAUGGACAAGCCGGAGCUCGUCCUCCUCUUCUUCGAUUGGGCGCGAUCGCGAGUCGGCCACAAUGUCUUUAGCUGCAACUGCGCUCUCGACAUGCUGUGCCGGCUCAAUCGCCGUCAAGAAGCUCUGGCGCUCUUCCGCAACGCCAUGGCCAGGAUUUGUAUGCCCAACAAGUUCACGUAUGGCAUCUUGAUCCGGGGAUUUUCCUCUGCCGGUGAUUUGGACAUCGCCAUCCAGCUCCUCGAGGAGAUGAAAAGCAGCGGGUUUGAGGGCAAUGCCGUUGUCCACACCACUCUCAUGAAGGGACUGUGUGAUGCAGGUCGUGUGGUGGAAGCGCUGGAGCACUUUCGAGCCAUGGCCAAGGACUGUGCUCCCGACGUGAUGACUUACACCGCGCUCGUCCAUGCGCUCUGCAAGGCUGGGAAGUUUGAUGAAGCGCAAGGUAUGCUCCGUGAGAUGGUCGCCCAAGGCUGUGCUCCUGACACGGUGACUUUCAGCACACUGAUCGAUGGGCUCUGCAAGUUUGGGAGCGAAGAACAGGCUUUUCGGGUGCUCGAGGAUGUUAUACAGCGUGGGAUGGGUAACAGCGAUGCCGCUUUCGAGACCAUCAUCCAGAGGCUGUGCAACAAGUACAACUCUGUGGAGCUGGCCUCCAAAGUUUUGGGAGUGGUGAUCGCGAAGGGCUUCACGCCGACUGUUCUAAUGUUCAAUCUCGUCAUCAACGGGUUCUGCAAGGCCAAGGAUCUCGACAGCGCGUACAAGCUCCUCGAGGUGAUGAUCGAGAAAGGCUGCGUGCCAAACGUCUUCACCUUCACGAUCUUGAUCACGGGACUUUGCAAGGCGAACAGGGUCGGAGAAGCUCAGCAGCUUCUGGAGAAGAUGGUGAUGGGGGGCUGCUCGCCAAACGUCGUGACUUACAGCACGGUUAUAAACGGGCUUUGCAAGCAAGGUCAGGUUGACGACGCCUAUGAGCUCUUCCAGCUUAUGGAAAGAAGGAACUGUCCGCCCAACGUUGUCACGCACAACAUUCUUAUCGAUGGGCUUUGCAAGGCCAAGCGGAUCGAGGAGGCGCGCCAGCUUUACCACCGGAUGAGAGAAACAGGCUGCGCACCGGAUAUCAUCACCUACAACAGUCUGAUAGAUGGUUUGUGCAAGAGCUUCCAAGUCGACGAGGCAUUCCAGCUUUUCCAGACGAUCCCGGAGAGUGGUGUGUCCGCGGCCAACGCAGUCACUUACAGCACGCUGUUCCAUGGUUACGCUGCGUUGGGCAGGAUGGCGGACGCUUGCCGAAUUUUUUCCAUGCUGGUCGACAAGGGAUUCUCACCCGACUUGGCAACGUACACCAGCUUGAUUCUCGAGUACUGCAAGACGUCGAGAGCGGUGGAAGUCGUAGAGCUCGUGGAAGAAAUGGCAUCCAAAGGCUUUCCUCCCAGAGUCAAUACGUUAAGCGCUGUUCUUGGGGGGCUCUUUGAAGGAAACCACACGGAGAGAGCCAUACAACUCUUCGAUUCUAUGGCCGCUAGAGGCUGCACCGAUGAUGCUCUCAUCUACAACUUAGUUGUCGAAGGCAUGGCAAGAGCAAGCAAGCACGACAAGGCACUUGCUGUCCUGGAGCAAGUGAUUGACAAGCGGGACCGUAAGUUUAAUCCGAGCUCCUCAGCCGUGGACGCGCUGGUAGAAUCACUGUGCCAGGUGGGAAAAACAGACGACGCCAAGCAGCUACUUCACAAAAUGUCCGAGAGAGGCUUUGCAGCGGCAGUCUCGUCGUAUAACCGGCUUCUCUCUGGACUGUCGAGGCUCCAAAGGUGGGACGAAGCUACUCAAGUCUUCGAGGCUAUGGUUUCAGCUGGUCCGGCACCCGAGAUCUCCACGGUUAACGUGGUCAUCUCGUGGCUAUGCAGUGCCGCAAAGGUGGACGACGCGUACGAGCUCGUCCAGAGAAUGUCCAAGCUCGGCUGCUGUCCAGACAUCGAGACUUGCAACACUCUCAUCGGGGGCUACUGCAAGUCGGGCCGAGCCGACUUGGCUCGAAAGCUUUUGGAAGAAAUGACCGAGGCGGGCCUAGAACCAAACGAUACAACACAUGAUCUCUUGGAGUGUUAGUCUUCGUCCCUUAACACACUUGGAUUCUCAAAAUGACCGACAGCUCACAAGGAGCUGCUGAACUUAGUUCUCUUCGAUUGGUAACGAGCUCAGGCAGUAGCGUCUAGCUAUGAACCAUGACACGGUUAUAGACUUCUUCGGGUUGAGGAUCACGCGGGGAAAGUUUGGCUGGUUGACAGCGUUGGGAAAGCCUCGAGUCUCCAGCAUAUUUGGAGUAGACAGCCCCGCCUUUCCCUUGAAUGCUCACUAUCUGGUUACCGGAGUAGAACUGGACUCGUGGCUGGUUCGUCCACACUUCCAUCUUUCUCGUGCUGACGGGAUCUUCCAGGGUGAAGGCGUAGUGAAUCCCUUCGUCGUCUCGAAUGGUUUUAUCCAAGGCGAAGGAUAGUUAAAUGUCAUUUCCCUAAACAGAACCGUUAGAUUAAAAAAAUCAAAGAUUUUGUGUUAAACACCAACAGGAACAAAUAAUACUAAAUAAAUUGCUACGCAGUAAUUUUAUUAUUA